AUGACAUAUUGCACUUUCACCAAAAAAGUAUUAUUCUUUCUUCUCCUCAAUAUUAAAACUUUAGUAAUAAUGCAAGACAUUAUCUCAACCACUUCUUCUUCUAAUUCUUCUUCAGCUUCACUACUUAAUAAACUUCAAAAACUUCUUCAGUAUAUAAUCCACAGUCGUCAAGAAUGGUGGGUUUAUGCCAUCUUUUGGCAAGCAUCGAAAGACGCUAAUGGCCGUCUUAUUUUCUCUUGGGGAGACGGCCAUUUCCGCGACACGAAAGAUUUGGCUUCGGCCAAAGUCCAUAUCGCUAACGUAGAUAAUAACUUUAGCGAUAUGAAGAUGUUUUAUGCGGUGUCAGCGCCGAAUUGUUUCGUAUCCGAGGACGACCUCAUCGUCCACGCUUAUAAUUCCGGUUCCUAUGUUUGGCUGAACAAUUAUUAUGAAUUGCAACUUUACAACUACAAUAGAGCUAAAGAAGCUCACUUGCACGGAAUUCGGACUCUGGUUUGUAUUUCUACUCCUCAUGGUGUUGUCGAAUUGGGUUCUUGUCAAGUUCUCCAAGAAAAUUUGGAAUUAGUCCAAUUAAUAAAGUCUUUAUUUGGAUUAAGCAAUAAUAAUAAUACUCCGUCACAAAUUAAUCAUCAAGGUCUUUCGAGUUUUAAUUUAUUUCCUUUGGGAGAUUUGAGAGAAAUGGAUACGAAAAAUAACCCGGAAAUAAUUAUGGGUAACAAAUCGUCCGAUUCAGGAAACUCGGACUAUGAUAAUGAGUCCUGGGCGAUAAAGGAUGCUAAUUCAUCUAAAAAACGAGGAAGAAAAUCAAGUUCGAGUAGCACAACAGAGCGAGUAAUCGCGAAAAAUCAUGUUGAAGCGGAGAGACAGAGGAGGGAAAAGCUGAAUCAUCGGUUCUAUGCUCUAAGGAGCGUGGUCCCUAACGUGUCCAAAAUGGAUAAAGCUUCUUUGUUAGCUGAUGCCGUUACUUAUAUUAAUGAGCUCAAAGCCAAAGUUGACGAAUUAGAGUCGAGUAAAAAUCAGUACCAAAAGCCUAAGAAAAAUUAUGUUAAUAAUGUUAUGGAGAUGUAUGUAUCUUCUGGAGUAGUUGAUGGUACGAAUUCAUCGUUCGCGGGGUGCGGUAAUGGGGCAUAUGGAAUGGAAGUCGAGGUCAAGAUUAUUGGAGUAGAAGCUGCGGUUCGGGUCCGUUCCCCCAAUGUGAACUACCCAUGCUCCAGAUUAAUGAACGUAUUGCGAGAGUUGGAGUUUCAAAUUCACUAUGCAAGUGUUUCAUGUGUGAAGGACAUGAUGCUACAAGAUAUUGUGAUUAGGGUUCCGGACAAUUUGACUAAUGAGGAAGCUAUCAAAUCUAUAAUCGUCACAAAGUUAAGUGUUGCUUACAUUUGAUAGUACAUAAUAGUAUUGUAUCUGCAUCCAUUACUUGAGUGUUAGUAAUAAAUUAAGUCGCCACCUACUUUGCUUAAUUUAAUUCUCAUAUCAAGUAAGUUUUUCUAGCAAGUGUGAAGGACAUCGUACGUGCUCCUUUGUAAAUUUUGUUGAUCAUGUGCGUGUUGCAUCAAAUAUA